AUGGCCACCAUCUUCUACCCUGGCACUGUUCCAUUCAGAGACAAGGAGAGGAGAAUGUUCAGAAGAAAAUCUGAUGAAGCAAUUCUCCGCUCGUCUCCUGCCGCCAGCAUCCGAGAGGAUGAGCCCAAGAGGAUUAAGCAGGCCCUAGAGCUACAGUACGAUUCCCAGGAGCUGAUGCACAACUCCAGCUUCUGCCUGGUGCCCCGGGGCCGGUGCUUGGGGUCCUUCCGCUUCCUCGAAGCUCUCCAGGCCGCCUGCAUCCCCGUGCUGCUGAACAACGGCUGGGAGCUGCCCUUCUCCGAAGUCAUCGACUGGAACAAAGCCGCCAUCAUCGGGGACGAGAGACUCCUCCUCCAGAUCCCCUCGAUAACCCGCUCCAUAGACCACGACAAAGUCCUGGCGCUCCGGCAGCAGACCCAGUUCCUGUGGGAGACGUACUUCUCCUCGGUAGAGAAAAUCGUGCUGACCACCCUCGAGAUCAUCCAGGACCGAAUCCAGGCGCACGUCAGCAGGAACCACGUGAUGUGGAACGUGCAGCCGGGCGGGCUCUACGUGCUCCCCCAGUUCUCCACCAGCCUCGCCGACUUCCCCUUCUACUACUUCGCCCUGGGGCGAAGCCCGGCCAAGGAGUUCACCUCCGUCAUCCAGGCCGUGUCGCCGCUGCUCUCGCAGUCCCAACCCAUCGUCAAACUCAUCCUGGCGGUCGCCAAGUCCAAGUAUUGUACCCAGAUCAUGGUGCUGUGGAACUGUGAGAAGCCCCCGCCCCCAAGGAGCCGGUGGCCGUCCGUCCCCGUGCCGCUCAGCGUCGUGGAAGGGGAACACAAGACCAUGAGCAGCCGUUUCUUUCCCUACGAGCUCAUCCGGACAGACGCUGUGCUGAGCCUGGACGAGGACACCAUCCUAUCGACCAACGAGGUUGACUUUGCCUUCACUGUGUGGUGCUGCUUCCGGAGCCAUUACUGGGACAAGAGCAAAGGCUGGUGGGCGUACACCUCCAAGUGGACUAACGAGUACUCCAUGGUGCUGACCGGGGCAGCGUUCUACCACCGGUACUAUCAUUACCUGUACACCUUCUACCUGCCCGCCAGCCUGCACAGCGUGGUGGACCAGAUGGCCAACUGCGAGGACAUCCUGAUGAACUUCCUGGUUUCCGCGGUCACCAAGCUCCCGCCCAUCAAAGUCACCCAGAAGAAGCAGUACAAGGAGACCAUGAUGCAGCAGGGCUCCAAGACGUCCCGCUGGGCCGACCCGGAGCACUUUGCCCAGCGCCAGGCCUGUAUGAACUCCUUCGCCAGCUGGUUCGGCUUCAUGCCCCUCAUCCAUUCGCAGAUGCAGCUGGACCCCGUCCUCUUCAAGGACCAGGUCUCCAUCCUGCGCAAGAAGUACCGGGACAUCGAGAGGCCACGACGACGUCCCUGCCUGCAGGUCCGGCUGACCAGAGAGCGGCCGGGGGACGAGCCUCCGCGCCGGGCAAGCGUGGGAGCCCAGGGAAUCCGUGGGGUAGCCGAGUGCACUGCCCUGCGGUCCCCAGGCCGUGCCCAGGCAGGAGGGAGAGAUCUGAGUGGGGCACAGGUCAGUGGCGGCGUUGUUCCAGCCGCCUCCAGCGUGCGCGGCAAUGAGAUGCGCAGCGACCAACGAUGGGCUAGCGCGACCGAGCUGGUGGGCCGGGCAGGCAGGUGCCGGGGUGAGGCCUGCUCCUGCCCGGAGCUGCCUGAUGAAGAGUGGGGAGAGGACGGGCCAGAGCCCUAG